AUGAUGCAGUCGGACUUUUUCGUCACUCUGAUAAGCAACGCCAGCAUGGAGUUAUUUCCCGAAAAUAAGCAGUCUCAUUUCACCGUGAAAAUGAGUCCACCUAUCGAUUUACGCGGGAAAUGGGUAGUAGGUCUGAGCGAGGUUAUUAUUCCUAGAAAUUGGUUCAACAUAUCAAAUCAUAAUAACGAUUAUACUAUUACUAGACAUAAAAUUAGAAGAGAAAAAAUAACUGAUGUAACAUGUGAGAUUCCAUUAACUACAGGCGAUGAAAAUGAAGAAGGGACGCUUUUCCAUUGGAUAAACGAGAAUAUAGUUUCGUUAACAGGAUCUAAGUUGGCAGAAUUUGUUUUAGACGAGGAUUAUAAAAACGUUAAUUAUUUGUAUCCAGCUAUAUUAAAUGCCUUGCUAUUUAAUUCGAAAGAAGUGCAAGAAACUUUUUUAACGAGCGCGUUAUUUUUUAAAGAUACUGCCGGACAAAUGGAUUCAAUAAAUCCGUUAGAUGAAAAUAAUACUAACUACGGAUUAGUUAAAAGAUUUAACAUCAGCAAAGAAAGUAGAAUAAGAGAUUUAAUGGGACGUCUUCAUAUUGAUUUAGCGAAUCAGCCUAAGCUUCUAACGAACAAUGUAGACCUANGGUUAAUUACCCAUACUGCCGGACAAAUGGAUUCAAUAAAUUUGUUAGAUGAAAAUAAUACUAACUACGGAUUAGUUAAAAGAUUUAACAUCAGCAAAGGAAAUGUGAAAGUCUUUACGUUAACUAGCGAAAUUCAAUCUACAAGUAUAUCAAACGUUGUUAUCGGCCAACUACCUUAUAGAAUAACUCUCAGAUUAGUUUCUAAUUCUGCAUUUAAUGAAAAUGUGAAGCACAAUCAAAUGAUUCCUUCUAAACCCUAUACUCCUGAUUAUACCAAUAACAUUUAUGCAAGAAAUUUUAUCUCGUUAUUCGAAGAUAUCGGAUGUAUUCAUUAUCACAAAUCUAUAAAUAUAUUGUAUGACGAGUAUCGAGACGGUUAUACUUUAUAUUGUUUUGAUCUUACCCCUGAUAAAUCAGGCUCUGAGUCUCACGUUAGCGUUAACGAGCUUGGAAAUAUUUCUGUGGAAUUAAAGUUUUCGAAGGCGAUACCAGAAACCAUAAACGUUAUUUGUUUGCUAGAAUAUAAUAAUACCUUAGAAAUCGAUAAUUCACGAACCGUAUUCGUCGAUUAUUAA